ACCAGAAAGUCAUUGUGGACUGAAGGGAGGCUGGAUCGCGUUCAUCAGCUGUGCGCUCCGGGUCUCUGUCUGCUCCUGCUGUCAGCUUUUCACAGGCAGAGAAGCGUAUAUUAUUAUUCGCUGAGGGAAAACCACAUUUUGCAUGCGGCGUUAUCGGCUCUGCAGGCCCACAGAAGCACGGGAAGACUGGAGGAAUAAAGUUUGGGGAGCGCACGGGUCUUUUGGAGUUGAAUGUGUGAGCCCAGUCCACCUGCUUUACAUCCCCAUGCCAAGGGCAAUGUGACCAUGGUUGGUGUUGGUAUCAAGCUUGAAGAGGACGAGUCAGGUGGUCGAUUAGUCAACCGGGAAUCCCAGCAGUCAUCUCCGCUAUCCGAUUGGUCAGCUCGACUGCCCUCCGACAGAGAUGACUCCGAGAAGUCAGCUAAUGUUCAUGCACAAUCUCCUUUGGAGCGUUCUCCGAGUAAAGACCUGCUACUGUCACACUCGCCUGCUAGUCAAGAUGGAGGCAGCAGAGCCCAUGAUAAGAUUGAGAGCAAACCUAAUGUCAAUGAGGUGAUGCCCACAAUUGAAAAGCUUCUGAAUACAGACUGGAAAGAAAAGUUCCUUGGGAAGGGUCUUCAAGGCAAUGUCAACCUAAAAGGAACCCCAGACAGUUUGGCAGAGAAGGAGCUUCAGUUGUUGUUGAUGAUAAACCAGCUCUCUGGUCUGCGAGAGCAGCUGUUAGGAGCUCAUUCGGAGCAGAGAAACAUGGCAGCUCUUCUGCUGGAGAAACAGCAGCAACAGAUGGAACUGGCAAGACAGCAGCAAGAACAGAUUGCAAAGCAGCAGCAGCAGCUCAUACAGCAGCAACAUAAAAUCAACUUACUGCAGCAGCAGAUUCAGCAGGUAAACAUGCCCUAUGUUAUGAUCCCUGCCUUUCACCCCAAUGCCCAGCCAUUACCGGUCACCUCUGAAGCCCAGAUGGGUUUACCUCUGCAGCCCAUUCCCUGCAAACCAGUGGAAUACCCCAUGCAAUUGCUGCCCAAUCCACACUCCACCCCUGUCAAAAGGUCCAGUGGUACAGUCUAUCGCCAGGACACCAGCCAACCUCUCAACCUCACCGCUAAACCGAAGACCCCAAGUCCCCAGGCUCUGGAGCUGGCACACUUGCAGUCAGGGUACCGACCCAGAGAUUUGCAGCCAAGCCCUCCUCGAUCUGCCCUCAGCCUGAGCUUCUUGGGAGAGGGUGAUGUUGUGACACAAGCCAUUCAUGAUGCCCAGCAGCUGUUGCGUGGAGGACAGGGCUCAACGGGCCGAGAGAGGGACAACAACACAAGGCUGGAGGCAUCUCGAGACCGGAUGGAUGAUGGACAUAGUCGGACAAAUGAGGACCACCACAGCAGUGAUUCUGAAGGGCAGAUGGCAAUCUCUGGGGUGGGUAGCUUUGGUGAAUCCCGAACUCCCUCCUCUGGCCACAUCAAACGUCCCAUGAACGCCUUCAUGGUGUGGGCCAAAGACGAAAGGCGACGCAUCCUGCAGGCGUUCCCUGACAUGCACAACUCCAGUAUCAGCAAGAUCCUUGGUUCCCGGUGGAAGUCCAUGUCCAAUCAGGAGAAGCAGCCGUACUAUGAAGAGCAGGCCAGAUUGAGUCGGCAACACCUGGAACGUUACCCAGAUUACAAAUACAAACCAAGGCCAAAGCGCACCUGUAUUGUAGAGGGCAGACGACUGCGGGUGGGAGAGUACAAGGCCAUGAUGAAGAGCCGAAGACAGGAGCAACGAGUAUCAUACCCUCCAAGUCAAUCAGAGCAGCAGCUGUCAUACCCACCCAGUGAAGGACAGUACCCAACCACACCUGUGUCCAUGAGCACCCUGCCCCUGCACCCUGCCCUCCUGGAGCACUACCUGCCACGGGGUCUGGAGCCUCCGCAGGGUCGAGUCAGCGAUACGAGGGAGAGCGCCAGGCCAAGACAACCCUACAGCGAAGGAGAAGAGAGCGACACUGGAGAACGCAGUGAAGGAGAGCUCGUCGUCCUCACCGACUGAGAAGAAACAACAGAAAAACCAUUGGAGGACAGAUUGUGAAAUAAUAACGGUGGUGUCCAAAUAAUGGUGUAGCUCAGUGUUUUCCAGUCCAGUUAUGAAGCUGCCCUUUCAAGCAGGUUUCAACCCUACCAGAUUGGUCAUUUUAAGAUUGUAAGGAAGACAGAAGACACGUAUAGAGCUUAAUUUUGGGCAUUUUUAGACCAGGCAUCUAUGAAAUGU